CUCGUAAGUUUGUGUUUCUACCGUCUACUUGUGUCACUUUCGGCUCAAACUCACAAAGUGUCCAAGUCCAAGAUAUAGACAAAAUUAAAAAAAUGGCAUCAGCAGCAAUGGAUGUUGACGAGGAAGAAAUUGACAUGCCUACUUCCAGCAGUGGAAAAGGCGACAAAAAACGUUUCGAAGUAAAAAAGUGGAACGCAGUUGCACUUUGGGCCUGGGAUAUUGUCGUUGACAAUUGUGCUAUUUGUAGAAACCACAUAAUGGAUUUGUGUAUCGAGUGCCAAGCAAAUCAAGCAUCAGCUACGAGCGAGGAAUGCACAGUAGCUUGGGGUGUCUGCAAUCACGCUUUUCAUUUUCAUUGCAUUUCCCGUUGGCUUAAAACACGUCAAGUCUGUCCUCUUGAUAAUCGUGAGUGGGAAUUCCAAAAGUACGGUCACUAGACGUUGCUUUAAAACAUUACUCGGUCAAGUAAUCAACACUUGAAAUAAAAAAACCUUAAGUUAUAAUAAUAAUAAUAGAAAAACAUGAGUUUUUAACAUCAUGAAUAAUAAAAUCGUCAUGUAAGGACUGGUAUCGCCUCUUGUUAUAAUUUCAAACGCAUGUAGGAUUGCUACUUGCUGUGUUGGAGAUACAAUCUUAAUCUAAAUUCUCUUUAUUUUUAAUUAAUACUUGUGUAAUUUAAAGUACAUCUAUAUUUAAAAUAAAUAAUAAAUUUUCAUUGUUCUAA